GACGUCAUCACCAGAGCCUGUCAAUCGGCCGAGGGACAGACAGACGAGCCUCAGGCCGGAGAAAGGGAGCGUGAACUAGCAGUACCUGGAACCGCUGGGAUUGCUCAUUUUAAACUAGUUUACCUGCUAAACAUACCUAGAGAGUCACCGCAAUUCCCUUUGCGUUGUACCCUGUGAAAGCGAAAGGAAUGAAGACAUAUAGGGUGAUACAAGCCCUCUGCUGCGUGCCUCCUUCAUUCCGGCUUUGCCGUGUGGUAAUCAGCUUGCUUUUACUCCUUCGGACAACCGUCGUUGUAGCCACGGACCUUCCUCAGUGUCAAGAGGGUGAUUAUUAUUUUGAAUAUACAGAAUGUGACAGUACUGGGUCUCGUUGGAGAGUUGCAGUUCCAAACAGAGAAGGAUCUUGCUCAGGGCUGCCUGAUCCUGUAAGGGGCACAGAAUGCACAUUUUCAUGUGAAGCAGGUCAGUUUCUGGAAAUGUCUUCUCAGGAGUGCACAGAAUGUGCUGCUGGGACAUAUUCUUUGGGUAGUGGUGUUCGCUUUGAUGAAUGGGAUGAUCUGCCCCCUGGAUUCACUAAUGUAGCUACGUACAUGGAUAAUGGACCUGGAACUGGAGAAAUUGUCAGUUGCAAUAGUUCUACAUGGGUUCCCCAGGGGAACUACUUGGAAUCCAAUAGAGAUGAUUGCACUGUUUCCUUGAUCUAUGCUGUGCAUCUUAAAAAGCAAGGUUCGGUCACUUUUGAGUAUCAAUAUGUGGACAAUAACAUCUUUUUUGAAUUUUUUAUUCAGAAUGAUCAAUGCCAGGAAAUGGACACAUCUGAUCAAAAAUUUGUGAAACUAACUGAUAAUGGUGAAUGGGGAACUCACACUGUAAAUUUGAAGUCAGGUACUAAUAUUUUAUACUGGAGGACUACUGGAAUUCUGCUUGGAACGAAAAUAGUAAAGCCAGUUCUCCUUAAGAAUAUAGAAAUUCAAGGAGUUGCUUACACAUCUGAGUGUUUUCCAUGUAAACCUGGAACUUACAGUGAAAAACCUGGUUCUACAUCUUGUAAUUUGUGUCCUAUGAACACAUUUUCAGGAAAAGGUGCAAGCUCAUGUACAAAAUGUAAUGUAGCUGAUGAAUAUUCAGAGGAAGGAUCAGCUGAAUGCAAAAAAAGACCAGUAUGUUCAGUAAGCGACUAUUUUCAGAUUCACACACCUUGUGAUCAAGAAGGAAAAACUCAGAUUAUGUACAAAUGGAUAGAACCUAAAAUCUGCUUACAUGAAGCAGAAAACGCAGCAACGUUGCCUCCUUCUGGGGAGAAAUUACCCUGUCCUCCCUGUAAUCCUGGUUUCUUCAGCAAUGACACAGCAAACUGUUUUCCCUGCCCUCCUGGUGCUUUUUCAAAUGGAUUAACAGACUGUCAGAAAUGUCCUGCUGGAACAGAACCACUUUUGGGAUAUGAAUAUAAAUGGUGGAAUGUUUUGCCUAAAAAUAUGAAAACUUCCUGCUUCAAUGUUGCCAACUCAAAAUGUGAUGGCAUGAAUGGGUGGGAAGUAGCUGGAGAUUUUAUUCAUAGUGGAUCUGGGGGAUCGGACAAUGAUUACCUUAUCUUAAAUCUCCAUGUUCCAGGUUUUAGACCUCCUACAUCACAAACAGGGGCUACAGGGAAUGAAAUUGGAAGAGUCACAUUUGUUUUUGAAACUAUAUGUUCCACUGACUGUGAACUUUACUUUAUGAUGGAUGUAAACCGAAAGAGCACCAAUGUUGUGGAAUCUUGGGAGGGAUCUAAAGAAAAACAGUCUUAUUCUCACAUUGUGACAAAAAAUGCCUCUGUUUCUUAUACAUGGGCAUUUCAGCGAACAAAUCAGGCACAGGAUACCAGAAGAUUUGUUAAUGAUGUGGCAAAAAUAUAUUCUAUCACUGUUACAAAUGCUGUGGAUGGUGUUGCUUCUUCAUGCCAUGCCUGUGCCCUGAUAUCAGAGCAGUCUGGGUCAUCAUGUGUACCUUGUCCACCAGGACAUUAUAUUGACAAAGAUAAUAAUCAAUGUAAAGAAUGUCCACCAAACACAUACUUAUCACCCCAUCAGAUUUUUGGCAAGGAGUCGUGUAUUGCUUGUGGACCUGGCAGCCGAAGCAAUAAGGAUCACUCUGCUUGCUUCAAUGACUGCACCUUCAGAUAUCAUUCUGACAAUCAUAGUUUGACUUAUGAUUUUAGUCUUCUGAGCCAAGUAGGAUCUAUAAUGAAUGGACCAAGUUUUACAUCUAGAGGAACAAAGUACUACCAUUUCUUUAACCUAAGCUUAUGUGAACCUGAGGGGAAAAGAAUGGCAAUUUGCAUGGACAAUGUUACAGAUAUUUCAUCCAAGGAUUCUCAAAAUGAAGCAAAUGACUAUACUAAUUUUGUGCAAACUUUUAUCUGUCAAUCAACCAUUAUUCCAUCAGAUGGACGAGGUUUCAAGACUGCACUUUCAUCACAGUCCAUCAGUCUUGCAGAUUCCUUUAUAGGGGCGACUACUGAAAAUACUCUUAAUGACAUUACUGUAAAAUCGGAUAUCUUCCCAGAAAAUUCCAAGAAAAUCCCCGAUAUUAAUUUUUUUUAUAGAGCACCCCAGCCAACCUCUUCUUGUGAAAAUGGACGCAAUUCUGUAAUAUCACUGAGAUGCAACCCUGAGAAAACUGGGAGAGGGCAGCUUUCUGUACCAAGUCAGUGCCCAGCAGGAACCUGUGAUGGUUGCAACUUCUAUUUUUUAUGGGAAAGCGCUGAAGCCUGUCCUCUCUGUACAGAGUCAGACUACCAUGAAAUAGAAGGUGCCUGCAAAGGUGGAAUUCAGGAAACCUUAUUUGUGUGGAGUGAACCCAAGCUUUGCAAAAAUGGUGUACACCUUCCUGAUAAAAAGAGAUCCCAAUGUGAGGCCAUUGACUUCUGGUUAAAAGCUGGUGCUGGACUGGCUGCAUUCAUGGCUGUUCUUCUAAUAUCUUUAACAUGCUAUUUCUGGAAGAAAAACAAAAAGCUUGAGUACAAAUAUUCAAAGCUGGUCAUGACCUCUAAUAAAGAAUGUGAAUUACCAGCAGCAGAUAGCUGUGCCAUUAUGGAGGGUGAAGAUAAUGAUGAAGAUGUAGUAUAUUCAAAUAAAUCAUCCUUGCUAGGAAAACUAAAAUCUAUUGCAACAAAAGGAAAUGGAGACAUUUUUGAAUCUGUUCAACUGAAGUCAUCCAGAGCCCACAAUAUAUGAAAAAUAGAAAAUGUUUUACAUGUGUCAUAUACUAAUUCUAAAAGGAAAACCUGUGCAAAACCACCUUGUGCCCCAUCCUGGGUGAUGUGGAAGUCAGCAAUGCAGUUACAAAAGAUUAUAAACAAUUGGUUGCCUUAUUACCGGGAAUUCAUUCCUUGCCAAAGGGAUUUUUGGACAUGUAAUUGCCAGGCUGGUGAUAAGUUCAACUCAGGAAGAGACAUAGAACUUGAAUUUGCCAGAGAAAGGAACAUUUUAAUAUAUUUUACAUUUUGGUUCUUGAACAAUUUUGAACAUUGAUUUCAGCAUUUCUAUACAUGUAAGUUUUGAAAAGAAUGAGAGGUAUAUAAAGAUUAAACUACCAGUUAUGAGUGGAAAGGGAAGAUCCAAUUUUAACAUUGGCUGUUUGUGAUGCUCAUGUUAAAAUGAUAGAAAGGUAUUGGAAUAAAUGGAAAUUUAUUUACAGUUGACAUAUUUCAUAAUACAUUAACUGCAUUCACUAAAAUGGGUGGCAUGAAUUAUUAACAUUUUGAUUGGAAACCAACAUAGAGAAAAAGAUUAUUUUUCAUUUUAAAUCAGUAACCUGUAAAAUAAGAAUCCUAUAACCUAAGAAAGUUUAUUUAUGUUUGUUGUUAGUCUAAUUUGCUUUACCUUGGGGUAAAUCUUAUCUUUUUCUUUAAAACUGAAGAUUGGGAAUGUUUGGAUGAACAUUUUAUUAUUAAUGAAACAUAAUUUUACAGAAAGGAAAUAUAUAUAUGUCUCCUUCUAAAAGCAACUUAGAAUUUUAGAACUUUGCUUUGUCUUGUACAAAUCAGAAUAUUUAGUCUUUUUGGCAAACUGUACUAAAUACGGUCACAUUUAUAUCAUUUAUCUUCAUAAUCCUGGGAAUACAACAAUGUGUUUCCAUACAAAUGGAAACUAUCUUUUGGAUUUUCAUUUGAAUACAUUCAGUAAGUAAAAGUCAAUUUCUUUAUCGAUGAUAUAAUUUUAAUAAGGUUUGUUAAAGACCUGAAUAUUUAAAAUUAAAAAGAAAUGUUUGUUUUUCAAAAAAAAAAAAAACUUAUGUGCCCACACCAAAGUGCAUAGACCUCUGAAAGGAAAUAGCAACACAUCAACAAAGAUUUGAUCAUGUAAUCAUAAUUCAAGGAACAUAAUGCUAUGCAAAAUUAAUUCAAGAAUAGGAAAUAGGUGCCAUGUGCUUGGUAAGAUACACAAAGCAAAAGCUUGCCAGUUUGCUAAUAUAUGGAAGCAUGUUUCAUAAGAAUGAGCCAUGCAUUAAAAGGAGAAUUGGAAAGUAGAAUGUCCUGACCAUUUGUUAAUAAGAACACGAUCUGGUACAAUGCAUAAGCUUGAAAAAAGUGCAUCCCAUCUCAAAGUUGGUUAUUGCUGACAGUACUGCUUUAAAUUAUUUCUUGCACUUUGUUUCAAUAUAUAGAUAUUGGCUAAAAUAAAAAGAAACAUCAAUGUUUAUAUGCUGCAAUGUAUCAGAGUAUAUAUUAUUCCAUUUUUCUUUAUUUUUGUCCAAUUUUCAGAAUUGUAUGUUUAAAAUUCUUUUUGAUUAAUGCUUUUACUUGUCUGUAUUGCAUAAUAUUUUUACUUUAUAAACUGUGUUAUGUGCUUUAUUGUAAAUCCUCUUGUUACAUUCAGCAUAUUCCCUUCUUUGAAAAAGAUGGUAAGCAUAAAAGGCAAAUUACCUCUCAUUCAGAAACAUAUAAUAUGUAUAUUUUUUAUUAUUUUUAAGUGUAUUUUUUGUACAAGUUGUUAAAUAAUUUGUUUUAAGUGUUUAUACAUCAAUAAAUUGUGUUUUUAUUUGUAUAAAAUAGUUGGUAAAUUGUUAAGAUAAAAGUCUCCCACCCCUUUUUUGCUGGAGAAUUGAUUUAUGUAAAUAAAGUUUAUUGGUCAUCAUUUA